AGGAGGGAUACAGUGCGAGGCAGAGCACGCAGGCACCGUGGUGCAGCAUCGGAGCACAGUCUGAGCAGGUUUUCUGAAUCACAUACGAAUAAACUUUAAUAUCGUUACCGUACUUCAUUGGAGUAAUUGCCUCCCAAAUCCGCUGAAUACAAAACCCGACGGUGGUCGUUUUAUCAUCUUGACGGAGCCUGAAAAGUCUACGGGACAAUGGCUGAUCAGCUGACUGAGGAGCAGAUUGCUGAGUUCAAGGAGGCGUUCUCGCUGUUUGACAAGGACGGUGAUGGUACAAUCACUACCAAGGAACUCGGCACUGUGAUGCGCUCUCUGGGACAGAACCCCACUGAGGCUGAACUGCAGGACAUGAUCAAUGAGGUGGAUGCCGAUGGUAAUGGUACAAUUGACUUUCCUGAGUUUCUGACCAUGAUGGCCAGGAAGAUGAAAGAUACAGACAGUGAGGAGGAGAUCAGAGAAGCCUUCAGGGUCUUUGACAAGGACGGUAAUGGCUACAUCAGCGCAGCGGAGCUACGGCACGUCAUGACCAACUUAGGAGAGAAGCUCACCGACGAGGAGGUGGAUGAAAUGAUCCGUGAGGCGGACAUCGAUGGCGACGGUCAGGUCAACUACGAGGAGUUUGUCCAGAUGAUGACCGCCAAGUGAAGAGAGUACUGAAAUUUAUCUCGACGUUGCUUGUCCUCCUAAGAUAACUGUCUUUAAGAACCAAAAAAAACCAAAAACAACAAUUAUAAAACGAUAAACCAACUUCCCCCCAAAAUCAUUUAUCUGUUAAAUUUUGAAAUUUGCGCUUCAGUAUAUCCAACUACUUCUAAGGUAUCUGUUUAGCAAGCCACAACAGAAUAAUCCCUAGAGAAGUUAAUGGACCAAGCUUUAAGUGGGCCGAAGCCCCAUACUACAGACCAAGAUUAUGCUGAGUCACCCAGCUCCUGAUUAAUUUAGAGGAAAGAGCAACACUGAAAAGGCAGAGGGAUAGGAACCCAUGCCACAGUUCGUAUAGAGAAGCUGGCUAUUUAAUUAUUUCCAAUACUCAAACAAGAACAUUGACUCUCUUGCACCAGUGGUGAUUCUCUAAAUACUGAAUUGAGUACUCUUCUUGCAUGCACCCUUUCUGUGGUGGUCUCUUGUCACAACAAGGAGGCUCUGACACCAUCAGAGGUAGUGGUCAGAUUGUGUACACACUGGAGGUAUAUACAUUACUAUUUAGCUAUAUAUCUGUAAAAUUUGUGUCACUAUUGAUUAUUGCAAGAGCAAAUAGUCGCGAUGUAGGGUGUUCUUUGGCGCUCUGUCGGAGCCGAGCGUUCUUUUACCUUGAAGAGUUCGGACAAGAGCGAGAGACUGAAACGUGCUGAUGGGUUUUUUUUCCCCCCUUCCUGGGGAUGGUACAUUGUCUUGUUUUGAGUUGUGGGCUCCGCAUUGCCUGCAGCACUGGUUGGAGACAGUAGUAUGUUGUAUUGCUUCAGGAUGAUUAUUGUAAAAACACACUUAAAGGACUGCAGUUGAUACAUUUGUUCUGCAAACAGAUAAUCCUGAUGAUACAAUAUUGAUGUAAUGCUUUAUAAAUGUGUUCUCAAAUAUUAAUGUAUUGAUGACAAACUUUGGUCACCAAAUAUAUCAAUAUAUAUUAGUGUGUCGUAAAGUUUGCAUUGCCUAUUGUUGUAGUAAAUGACCUGUGACAUGUUUUCUCUUCGGUUUUUAAAUGUGCCAUAAUAAUCGAAAAACGCCUCAACCUUCUUGCAAGACUCAUAGGUCAUUAGAAUAUAAUAAAUCUACUUAAUAUAAUAUCAUAUAAAGAUACAUGCAGUUAACCAUAUUUGCACUUUGGUAUAAACCAUGUGGAUAUUAAAAAGAAGAAAAAAAGAAACCAAAUGUCACUGUUGCUGCUGCUACAACUCAUGUUACACUCAUUUCUCGUUCUUGUUGUUGUCCGAUCUUCUGAUUUGUAGUCUGGUGAUUCAAACUUCAAUCUGCUUGCUGUUUUACUCAACAGAAAUACAUAUAGCGUAUAUUCACAGACACUACUUGUGUUGGGGUGUUUCAUUUGGGCUAUUAGAAUGGGACUUUCAUACAGGGAUGAAACGAGUUUGUAGCAAAGAAUUCAGCUUCAGAUGUGAGAUUGGUUUCGGAUUUUGAACUGUUGGCCACAUUUAAGAAGCAGGUUAGCUGAGGUAUCUUACCUCAAAUCAUGAAGCAUAAAUAUUGCUCUGCUUGAGGUGUUUUAACUGGCUGGCUUUGAUUCAGAUGUAGGGAAGUAAAUGGUAAAUGGACUGUUAACUUCUGAUGGUAUCUCAAAAAUGUAUAGAUGUGAUAUAUUUUCCAUAAACCAAUAAACUGACUGAGCUUUA